UAAACAUUAAACAUAACCUGUAUGCUGAAUCUCAAUUUAUAAUCGUUGAAUUUUCAUUUUUAAUCGUAUUAAUUUAAUGAUUUUUAAUAGACAAUUCAGUUAAGCAUAAGUGUAAGAUCACUAACAGAUAAGUGUACAGAUAAUCUAUUGUAUUAUAUAAUAAUUAAUAAUAAUAAUAAUAUUUUCUCUGGAUGUUGGACGACACAUCCAGAGGAGUUUAUUCAUAAAUUCAUACAUACAUUACAUUAUAUUACAUAUUUUUUAAUAUAACAAUAUUCACGGUUUAGAAAAUGAUACCUCACUAUAUAAUAUAUGUGUCGAGGUUAUCAUCAAAUUAAUACUAAUUUAUGCUACAACAGCCCUAAUACAAAAGUUCCAAAAAAAUCUUAUACCCUAAGCAUUACCUAGUACAAAGAUACUAAACCGAGAUGUUGAAACAUUGUAUGACGUACUCUCUUCUGCCGAAGAUCUUGACAGUUGAAUACAAACAAUGCGACAAAACAGUAAAUCGUAUGAUCAACACUUUUCACGCAGAUUAUGAGAGUAAUCACAUUAAGUUAUCUCCUUUUCAAAGAAUUAUGUUGAGUAUUGGAUCAAGUCUAACAUCAAUUUAUGACCCUUCUCGAGGUGAUAUGAUUGCUAUAUUUGGUGAAACAACCGGUGAUGCUGCUCUGAAUUAUAUGAUGAAUAAAAUGUCAACUAGUCCAGAAGGCCAAGAAAUCCUAAAAGAAAAGCCAAGAUUAAAUUCUAAAUCAGUCGAUUUUGCAGUAUUGGAAUCUCUUCCUGAAAAUACUCUAGGAAAGGUGUACUACGACUUCUUGAAGAAAAAUAAAGUGACUCCAGAUUCACGUUUACCGGUACAGUUCAUCGAUGAUAUUGAACUAGCAUAUGUCAUGCAAAGGUACAGAGAAAUUCAUGAUCUGACACAUGCUGUGUUGAAGCAACCCACCAACAUGCUUGGUGAAGUGACUGUAAAAUGGGUAGAAGGCUUGCAAACAAGGUUGCCCAUGUGUAUUACUGGAGGUUUAUUUGGAGCGGUUCGACUACGUCCAAAGCAACGGCUGAUGUAUGUGCAGAGAAAUCUUCCCUGGGCUAUCAAGACUGGCCUGACUAGUGAAUUCCUGAUGAAUGCCUACUUCGAAAAACGAUGGGAGCAGACGUUGGAUGACUUCUAUAGAGAAUUCAAAAUAACAGAACUCCAAUAAUAGGUAUCUAAUACAGCAAUAUCUAGAUAAAGAUCAAGAAUUAGAUAAUAUAUAAUCUAGUGAUUAAUAAGUGUGUUUAUUUGUAAAUAAUAUAAUAAAUUCUAUGUUUGUUAUGAAAACACAAA